AUGCAACAAUUGCUCAAGUUGGUUGAAGAAUCAGGUUAUGUUUACUGGAGUAGGAAAAAGGACGAGUCAGAAGUUGUGAGAGAUAUUUUUUGGGCUCAUCCAGAAUCAGUGAAGCUGUUGAAUAUGUUUCCUAUUGUAUUGAUUAUGGACUGCACAUACAAAACAAACAAGUAUAGGCAACAGUUGUUUGAAAUAGUUGGUAUGACAUCAACUAAAUCAACAUUUGCUGUUGCAUUUGCCUAUAUGGAAUCUGAGCAGACAGAGACUUUUUGUUGGUUUCACAUCAACAAAAACGUGAAAUCAAAGUGUAAGGAACAUGUUGUGAAUGAUAUGCGAGAAACAAUGGAGAAAAUAUGGUUUGAACUUACAAGGGCUAGUGAUGAGAUGGAGUACCAUCAAAGGUUGAAACAACUUGAGGAUGCAUGUGUUGACUCCAAAGGUUUUAUUGAUUAUGUGAAUGACACAUGGUUGACACCGCACAUACAUCGAUUUUUCGAAGAAUGGAUCAAUCAAGUGUUACAUUUGGGCAACACCACAACAAAUAGGGUGGAGUAUGCGCAUUGGAAACUUAAGCAAAUGUUAGAGAAUAGCUUAGGUGAUUUAUGCAAAUGUUGGGAGGCUAUGAAUGACAAUAUCAAGAUACAAGUGGGCAACAUUAGAGCUUCAUUUCAGAAGAGUUUUUAUGAAGUUGAGCAUGCACACACUAGUCCUUUUUAUUCAAAUUUGUGUGGUUUAGUAUCAAGAGCUGCAUUGAGGCAGGUUGCUGAAGAGUGGUUGAGGAUUGACAUGGUAGGUACCGAUAUGCAAAAGUGCGGAUGUACUCAUAGAAAAGUAUAUGGGUUGCCAUGUGCUUGUGAGUUAGGGAUAUAUACAUUGAGUGGUGAUGCGAUACCAAUUGAGGCUAUUCCUAUUCAUUGGAGAAAACUAAGUAUGGAAGGAAAUCAAGAUGUAGAUGCAGAUGAUUGA